CUGUGGAAUGAUUUGGGACUCGGCCUUCACGGUGACGGCGUGUGACGUCACUCUGCCGCUGAAGAAGCUCGCCCAAGUGUUGAAGCAUCCAAGGAGCAUUUGGUUUAUCCACCUUAAACAGUCCUGAAUAUUCGGAAUAAAACGAUGGCGGUGAAUACAGGGACAUCUCUGGUGUUGUCCAGUCUGCUGUCCGUGUUGGUCUUCGCUGGCAUGCAGAUGUUCAGCAGGCAGCUGGCUUCCUCUGAGUGGCUCACUAUCCUGGGAGGUUUCCUGGGCUCCUUGCUCUUCGUCUGCUCCCUCACUGCCUUUAACAAUCUGGAGAAUCUUGUCUUUGGUAAAGGUUUCCAGGUGAAGAUCUUUCCAGAGAUUUUCUUGUGCCUGUGCCUGUCCCUGUUUGCGUCUGGUUUGGUGCAUCGUGUGUGUGUCACCACAUGCUUGAUAUUCUCGCUCUUUGCUCUGUACUACAUCAACAAAGUGUCAGCAGCUCUUUACCAGGUGGCUGCUCCUGUAGCAACUCCUGCAAAAACCACUGGCAAGGGCAAAAGGAAGAACUAAAUGACUGUACCUGCCCCAUCGUCCCAACAACAGCAACACUGAUUAUUUGGGUGUUUUUUGUUUUUUUUUUUUUUUAAUUUGGCCCAUUCUAUGAUUGCUACAUUCCAUGGCACAAGCCAUAUAAAUCCCCUAUCAGGAGUCACACAGAUUAUUAAUGACCCAAAAUACAAAUAUUGUUCAUGUACAUAUUUGUCUGUUCACACAAAUACAGCCUUGUGGUACAUUUGUUCAUACACUGCAGUAAACUGAUGUGCACUGAUUCGAUUGAAUCUGUAAAGACUACUCAGUUUCAUGUCUUACCAGUCGUAGCUAUGUGAAUUGGAUUCUCUUUUGAAGUAUUUUUGUUAAAGGAUUUGCUAUUAAAAUACUUAAAAGCCUUAA